AUGUUGGCUCCACGUUAUGCCGUAUUCGAGCACUUUUUGGUAGAUGGCCGAUGGUAUUUGACGGUGAUUAACGAGCGUAAUCGAGUGGAACCAAUCAGCUUGUUGGCCUACUCAAUCGCUGCUCCGACGUCUUCAUCUGCUGACGGUACAAAUCCACUAGUGGUUCGAUGCGAUGCUGACUGUAAUGGUCAUGGUGAAUGCCUUUCCGGUGGACGAUGCCGAUGUGCUUCUGGUUAUACAGGAGAAGCUUGCGAAGAACCCGUUUGCCCUGUAGUGUGUAGUGGCAAUGGAGUGUUCUCUGGUGGCGCAUGUGUUUGUCGGACUGGGUUCAAAGGAAAGGAAUGCGAUGUGCAUGCUCAUUGGUGCGAAAUCCCUGACUGUAGCGGUCAUGGACGAUGUGGUGACGAAGGCGUGUGCCACUGUGAUAAAGGAUGGACCGGAGAGGGCUGUGAAUCGGUGAGGAUUUUUAGAUAUUAUUUUUUGGAUUAA